CCACUGCGGCGACCCCUGGCGGCGGCGAGCGGCGCAGGCGCCGAGCCGCGCAGCGCCCGCCCCUUCCGCUUCCGGCGCCGCCGCGAUGAUCGGGGACCUGCUGCUCUGCGGGACGCUGCUGGUGAACGCCGGCGCCGUGCUGAACUUCAGGCUGAGGAAGAAAGAAACGGAGGGCUUCGGCGAGGAGUCCAGGGAGCCGACGACCGGUGACAAUAUCAGAGAGUUCUUGCUGAGUCUCAGAUAUUUUCGAAUCUUCAUUGCCUUGUGGAACGUCUUCAUGAUGUUCUGCAUGAUCGUGUUAUUUGGAUCUUGAAAACCGUCCACAAACAUGUCUGUUAACUUGGAAGAGACUUUUGGCUGGAAACAUAACUUUUCUAUAAAGUAAAAGAUCAUAAUGCCUUCAAAAUACUGCCCUGGGAUUGUGGCUUGUUCUUUGGUACAAGCUCUAAAAUGUUAAAGGGAAAGGACACAUUCAUCCUCUUCAGCCAGUUGUAUAAUUAUAUGGCUUAUGCUGGUUUGCUCGCUGCCUGGGGAAGUAAGCCUUUAGGCUCCUGAACCAAAAUCUUCGAAGUAGAGUCAUUUCAACGUUACUGAAAUGAAGAGAACUUUAAAUUGUUUUCCUAGGCUUAGAGUGUGGUGCUUAGUAUUCAGUGUAGAACUGCAGCAUGCCGAAAGACCACAAACUUAAAACUGUGCAUUGUUAGUCAUUCCCAGCUCUCGAUGUGUCUGCUAAUGUCAUGAUUGUCUAGGUUACUUGGACUCUCUCUUCUUUAUUCUCAUUUUUAUAAACUUAUUUUAAGUUCAAAGACAUCUUCUGUUUUUUCUUCACUAUUCCAUUUAGUUUGUUGAAGAAAUAUACAAAGAUGAUGAAAAAAUGUGAUUCUCUCUUUAUUAUUGUUUGUUUCCAACAAAAUGCUUUUUUAAAUUAAAAUUUCAAAGAUGGUGUUUUUUCCUAAACAAAAUUAGGGGGAGGUUGAAUAGAAAAAUUGCAAAAAUUGUUCUAUAUGCCAACCCUAAGGAAUAGUUUUGGAAUCAUUUUGGAUUUGGUUGAAUAUAGAGGUUCUGUUCAUGAGUAAAAAUGUAUUUGAUAUCCAUGUUCAUUCUGUUGCAUGAGAAAUCAAUUCAGUGUUAAUGUUUCUGAGAAAUUUUAACUAGUCUGUCUUGUAAUUGUGCCUGGCUUUUUGUGUGUCUUUAUUUAUUUAUUUAUUUAUGUUGUUAGCCUCUUUGGCCUGUAACUUUCCCCCAGCAUCAGCAAAAUAAUUUGAGAGAGUACAGUGCUGGUUAUCUUUUAAAACAAAGUGCAAACUAUUAGUGGAACUUCCUCAGCCUCAAUUUCUUCAGCUGUAUAACUGUUGAGAAGAAAGAGAGGCCUCCAGAUUUUAACCUGAGGCUUAGGUUUUAACAAAUACCUUGAAUUUUAUCUGGAUGCAGCCAAGUAGUGAGGACACAGGUGUCAUGUACUCAGAGCAGUUCACCCCAGUUACGCUUUUCUGUGUUACUGAAGUGUUCAGAGUGUUCGUGCGCUCUUUUGGGGAAGGGUAGUCUGAGGGAAGAUGCUGUACAGUAAUGAACAUAGAAGAAUAUAUGGAGAAAAAGAUCCUUCAAGAGAGGUUUGUACUGCACAGAAACAUUUACAGUCUUUGGCUAAAUUGUAGAUGUCUUGUGUGUAACUUUUGUAUUUUAUGUUUUAAGCCUUUUCUAAUGUAUUUUUAAUGAGCAAAAGAGUAGUGUGCUGCCCUUGUUGUGGUAUCUGUGAGAUGGCAUCCAAACAAAUCCACUGCUUUAUAUAAUCCUUGGAAAGCAUUUUCUCCCUAACAUUCAUUAAGCUGAGUCUUCCUCAGUGAGAUUUGAAUGGUAGGGAGUGUAAGAAGUUUUUAUCAGAUUUAUGCUUAAGCCACUAGAGGGCCCUUAUAGUCAGCAGAGAAGCACUCGGGUCUCAUUUUCAGACUCUCUGGGUUUAAUUUUUACUCGGAAAAAUGGUUGAGCUGUGCGGAACUUACAUUCCGCUUUGUGAGUGACACUGAAUAUGGUGAACACAGGGAAUGGAAGAUGAUCAAACUCUACUGGGAAAGGAACGUGGACAGUUUUAUAGCUUGAAAUAGAUAAUGCAUGUUAAUAUUGAGUGCUGUCACCUCAAGAUUUCAAUUGUUCAAAAGAACAGAAGUUCAAAGGUAGUCAUUCUCCUUCUAUCCACCUGCUUUAGAAAUGACUAGAGUAGUUAAUUUUGAACUGCUCUUAAAUGCUAUGGAAGGGCUGACUGCUUGCCAAGUGUCACGUGGGAUGUCUUUCAGUAUAAGAUUUUGUGCGUUUGCUUUUGUACUGAGUCCAAUUUUGUAUGAUAAGCUUCUGAAAACCUGGCUUUCUUUUUACUCGUGCUUUCUUCAGAAUCAAGGAGAGAAGCGGCAAGUUAAAUUCAUCUUUGAAAAGAACUGUGUUUGUUUGGAUUUAAUAGGCUUAGUUUACCUAUGCCUAAUUUGUAUGUAAUGGAAGAGUUGCAUCGCACAUUGUUUUGAAAAUAAUGAAAUAAUGAAAAACUGAAGUUUCUCUACUAGGCAAAAACUUUUCGGAAUCUUUUGCAAAUUUGGGACUGGAAACCAUUUCUUUCAGAACAUACUUGACUUUUUGCGAUGAAAAAGAGCUUUUCACCCUUCUGCAAACGUAAAAUAAGGCCUGAGAAUGAAAGCAGAGUUUGCACACAUGGUCGCAUUGCAUCUUUAAUAGCUGAGUAAUAGCCAUAGGAACAGAUGCUAAGAGACAGCAGGGGUGAGCAAAGCGGUAAAUGCAUUUUCUUUUAAACAGUACAUUCCAGAACAGGAAGCAGUUUCUGUUCGGUUCCAUCUUCCCCUUGGACCCAGGACGCAGACCGAUUUACACCAUACUGAACAGUAGCUUCUGAGUGUAUUUUCUCUGAUACCCAAUGCUGAUUCUUGGGCUGCGUUUCUUAAGGUCAGUUCUCCAAGUGCACCUGGAUGCCCUAAGCGCUUGGGCUGUUUGUUUGCUCCUCCUGCCUCUCUCAGAAGCGCAGUCGCAGCAGCCACCGAAGACCCGCCGCCUGCAGACGACGGCUCCUGGAAGCGCUGACAGACCAGGGACUAUUAAAACCUUUGCAAAUAAACGCCUUGGCGCCC